GCGCGGCGGGCGCGAGGACGGCGGCGGGGAGCGUGCGCGCGGUGACGUGCGGGCGCCAUGUUGGAGGGCUGGUGGUAGCGGCUCGGGGAGGUGCUCGCUCUCUCGGUCUCGUUCUCUCGCUCGCUUCCCCCGGCUCCCUUCGUUCCCCCCCCCGGUCGCCUGCGUGCCGGAGUGUGUGCGAGGGAGGGGGAGGGCGUCGGGGGGGUGGGGGGAGGCGUUCCGGUCCCCGGGAGACCCGCGGAGGGAGGCGGAGGCUGCGAGGGACUCCGGGAAGCCAUGGACGUCGAGCGGCUGCAGGAGGCGCUGAAAGAUUUUGAGAAGAGGGGGAAAAAGGAAGUUUGUCCUGUCCUGGAUCAGUUUCUUUGUCAUGUAGCCAAGACUGGAGAAACAAUGAUUCAGUGGUCCCAAUUUAAAGGCUAUUUUAUUUUCAAACUGGAGAAAGUGAUGGAUGAUUUUAGAACUUCUGCUCCUGAACCAAGAGGUCCUCCCAACCCUAAUGUUGAAUAUAUUCCCUUUGAUGAAAUGAAGGAAAGAAUACUGAAAAUUGUCACUGGAUUUAAUGGUAUCCCUUUUACUAUUCAGCGACUAUGUGAAUUGCUGACAGAUCCAAGGAGAAACUAUACAGGAACAGACAAAUUCCUCAGAGGAGUAGAAAAGAAUGUGAUGGUUGUUAGCUGUGUUUAUCCUUCUUCAGAGAAAAACAGUUCUAAUAGUUUAAAUCGAAUGAAUGGUGUUAUGUUUCCUGGCAGUUCACCAAGCUACACUGAGAGGUCUAAUAUAAAUGGGCCUGGAACACCCAGGCCACUUAACAGACCAAAGGUUUGUUUGUCAGCCCCCAUGACAACAAAUGGUUUACCUGAGAGCACAGACAGCAAAGAGUCAAACUUACAGCCAAAUGAAGAGAAAAAUCACAGUGACUUUUCGACAUCUGAAUCAGAAGUUUCCUCAUUGAGCCCUAUAAAAAAUAAACAUCCAGAUGAAGAUGCUGUGGAAGCUGAGGGGCAUGAGGUAAAAAGACUCAGAUUUGACAAAGAAAGUGAAGUCAGAGAAAUGGCCAGUCAAACAACUGCCGGGGAAAGUUCCUCAGUUACGGUAGAAGAAACAGAAACAUCAUCUUCAUCUCAGGAUAAAGACAAAGAAAGUAGUUGUACCAGACAGCGUUGUACAGAAGACGAUGAAGAAGAGGAUGAAGACGAAGAAGAAGAGUCUUUUAUGACAUCAAGAGAAAUGAUUCCUGAAAGAAAAAAUCAAGAAAAAGAGUCUGAUGAUGCCUUAACUGUGAAUGAAGAGACUUCUGAGGAAAAUAAUCAAACGGAGGAAUCUGAUCUGUCUGAAGCUGAGAAAGAUUUACUACAUUCUGAAGGUAGUGAAAACACAGGCCCUGUAAGUAGUAGUUCUUCUGACUGCCAUGAAACAGAAGAAUUAAUAGGAUCCAAUUCCAGUAAAACUGGAGAGAUUUUUUCAGAAUCAUCCAUCGAAAAUGAUGAUGAAGCUACAGAAGUCACAGAUGAACCAAUGGAACAAGACUAACUAUUUAGAAACAUUUUAGAUGCAGUAUUUUACAUACAGUUCUGGUUUUAACACUGUAUAAAACUUUUCUGUAAAAGUGGACCUUAGUUUUACAAGAGAAGCAGGGUGUAAAAUAAAGAGUUGGACAUGUAAGAACUGUGAAUAUCAGCUCCUCUGGGUCCUGCUUACCGCUGACUUCUUUUUGGUUUGGUCAAAUCAGUGGUUUGUGUAUAGAUUUUUUUUUUUUUAAUUUAGAAUUAAAGUUUUUAAACUGGAAAGUAAUAAUUAUAAUUUUGAAAAUUUUUUGGGAUUAUCACAUUUAGUUUAAACAUAUGCAAGAAAACUUUUUUGUCUUGUCUCUUUCUGACAGCUCUAGCAAUUUUCAUAUUUCAGUCAUAGUUUCAGCAUUUUAACAUGUGAAUUAUAGGGUUUCAUGCUGGUUUCCAGAUUUUAUUGUUUGUGUACAAGGGAACUUUACGUCAUAUAUACAUAUAUAUAUAAUAUUCUAAGGGGGGAAAUGUUAUAUUUUUCUGUUUCUAUAAGAGAUGAAUACAAUGGAUACUUUUUCUAUUGGUAAUGAUUAAGUUCACCUCUUUCAGAAGACAUUUUCUUUCUCUUCUGAGUAAUUGAAAUAAAAUCUGGCCCUAGUGAAACCCUGGAAAUCUUAAGUCUGUUGAAAUACCAGGUUAAACACAUUCCAAGAGAUCUGUUCAAACUGAAAUUCUUUUGUAUAACUUCUGAGGUGCCUGAGAAAAAAGACUUCAUUAUUUAUGAGAAAACGUGCUUUAUCUUGGAAAUUGUGUUCAAACAUUAGCUUAUUAUUUUGUAGAAUGAAUGCUUAUGAAGCUGAUAUGAGACCAUCUCAGAAGAACCUUGCCGGUUCCUUGACUUUUUGCUUGCUUUUCUGAACAUUGUGAAUAUUACACAUUUUUUUCUAAAUUAUUCUAGCGUAUGCAAAUGUCAAUGGUAUGAAACACCAGUCUACUGGAAGAAUUAAUAUAUUACUUUAGUAAUGUACCUGAGCUAAAUGACUGAAGCUUUAGGGGUGCAUAGAAACCACCAUAAUUUGUAUAACAUUUUGAAGUGAAUUAAAUAUUUUUGAACAUGCUUCUUCGACAGCCAGUGUUAUAUUUUUCAGAUCAACACAAAGCACAAUGGUUACUCUAAACUCAAUAUUUUCAAAUCCACAUAUUUAAAGUCAUGCAAGCUGCAACUUCCCUGUCAAAAUUACUGGCUGCCAAAUUUAUACCUGUUUCUUCAGCUGUACCUUUUGAUAUUUAGAAUUUUUAAAUUUCUGUAAGGUAGAUUUUGUAGAAUGUAAUGUGUUCGCUGCCUUUGUGAAGCGGUAUAUAAUUGUAUAAUUUCUGUGUGUAAACUGAAUGCUUGGGCUUUCAAUACAGUAUUCAUAUAAAGCAAUAAAUAUUAAUGUUAUGAAAUAUUUGAGUACAUUUUUAUCAAAAUAUAAAAGAAUCCCUUUUUAGUUUCAGAUACCUGAAGUACACAGAUGAAUUUAUAAAACUGAUGCAAACAGUUUCUGACACUGUAUCAUAUGCUUCUGGGUGUGGGGGUGGGCAACCACAAGUUUUGCAUUUUGACUACUUAAAUUACUAUGACUAAAAACACCUAAAUGAUUUGGCUCCGUGUUUAUGUUUGCAGGGUUAAUAUACUACUUACUGACUGUCAGGUUCACAGUAGGUAGAUGAUAUAUUUAUGAAUGAAUAUGUCUUAAUAGUUGGGAUAAAAACUAAAAAUUGAUUUACUAUAUCCAAGAGGGGAGAGAAAUCAAAUAUUGCAAAUUUUUGAAUUUUUUUUUUUUUUGGCAAAAUAAAAAAAGUAAAAAUGAAGCGAUUUUUAAAUGUGACAUUUAUUUGUAGUGUCCUAUUUUACUUUGUUGAGGGAUGUUCUGCCAAUGAGAACAGAUUUUAAACAUUUUAAGUUUAGAAACUGAAAUUUUCUUUAGAAUAUUUAUGAAAUUAUUGUCAAUAAACCUAUUUAAGAUCCUGUGACUUUUUGAUAUUUUUUGUUUUAAUUGUAGUGCCAUGGACCAUUUGUAGACAAAUCAGUUUACUUGUUUUGGUUUUUAAGUUAAAGUCUUAGUUUAGCAUCAUGACUUUUAAGGUCUGUGGAUUUAUUUGUAAACUUGCAAUUGCUAUUUUUGCAAGGGCAAAUCUAUUUCUUUAUUAAAUAAAGUACAAUAAUGGUGAAUAUACCAAAAUGACAUCACUUAACUCUAUGAGAGACCUACAUUUUAAUCUAUAGUUUAUUAGUUUUAAUAUUUAUUAGAUAUUCAUAUGUUGAUCAUAGAUCAAACUUGUUGCUGUUUAUACAGAUAAUUGUAGAGUGCUCAUGGAAUAUCUUUAGGGUAGGUGGAAUACUGUAGUUAAAUUGGGAAGCCUUGUUCAGCUGGGUUUAGAUAAUGCCAUUCGGAAGUAAAUUACCACAAAUAUGCAAAGGUACACUUAACAAGGACUUUGGUUAAUGAAGAUGUCUGUUUAAUAGUAAAUGAUUUGUGAUCUUUUAAAAGGCUAAUUUUAGGUAUGCUUUACUAACACACAUCAAGCGACGUCCUGUUAAAAAAUCAUUUAAGAAUCAAGACCUCGAUGAUUAAAGAUACUUUGGUUUUAACCUUGAGCAGAUUGCUUACCCGUUAACUCUAGACUGUAACCCAACAUGUAAAAAGAAUUGGAAGAUGCUGAUGAGGAAAUUGAGAAUAUAUGUAAUAUUUUUUUUAGCACUUUUCCCUUUUAAAAAUGAAAACAUUAUCGUCGUGAAUUUGUAAAAAAAAUUUAUCUUUCAGUCUGAAAAUGUAGCAGACCAGAAGUAAGUAGUGAAAAUGUCACGCUUUGAAUGUUGAUUAUUAGAUCAGUUUAAUCUGCUUAGGGUUGAUUGUAACUACACCUUUCAAAAGUGUUUCUGGAGCAGUGGGAUUGCUGCGUAGGGAGCCAUAACCCUCUGGCUGGGAAAAGGCACCUCAAAAAUCCUGGGCCAGCAGAUGUGGCCUGUUAAAAUUGAAGUUUAGAGUAUUUUAUUUUGCUGGUGUAGAUAGGCAUGUAUUUAUGCAUUUUUGCAUUUGUAAAAUCAGCAAUUUUUCAAAUAAUGUAAAUGUAAUAUACUAGUUUACUUAUAAAGGUACUUGGGCAGAAUCUAAAGCUGCUAUAAUGUUUGAUUAUGAAAAAUGUAACUUGUGGUAAGGAUGAAAAUGCAACUUGUAGAACCAAAGGAAAUAAAAAUUUUGGUAGUGUUUCCAAUUGUCUUCUGAACAGGAGUUUCUUGAAUACAUUGGUUUUGAUAAGAUGAAGGUCAGUUCUCUUGAGAUUUGUGCUAAUCAUAAAAUGGAUGAAUGCAAAAAACACCUUGUAAUUUCAUAUGGAAUCAUUAAAAUUAGGUUUACUGGGUUAUUGGCCUAAUAAGAAUGAUAGUAUGUAUUGGUUAGAAUACAUCUACUAUUUCACAUUAAAAAAAUGAUCAGUACACUUCAGAAUUUUAUUUCAACUUGGAGCCUAGAUUACUUUGCCAAAUAAAUGUAUUAUUUUCAUAAUGCAAUAAAAUAUAAAUUAGAA